AUGCGUGAUCUAGUUUUUGAAAAAUCUGAUUAUCAACAACUUUCAUGGCCAUCAAAAUCAAAUGCAACAAAUAUUGAUUUAAUGUCUAAUACAGAUGUUAUUAUUCGUCAUGAACAUCUUCUAUCUGAUUUAAUUGAUAAAGCACAUUGUGGUUCAACACUUGCAUCUCUUCUUCAUUGUUAUUAUGAAUUAUAUGAAAAACGUUGUGCUGCUGAUCUUGAUUUACACUUGGAAUUGAACGAUGUUCUUUUACUUUCACUUGGUCUAUCACAUCGACGUCGAUUAAUAAAUCAAUGUCGUGCUCAAGCAGGUCAAAAAGCUUUACAAAAAAUAUUUUCUCAUUCGGAAGAUUCAAAUGAACAAAUACUUAUUAAUGAAUUUGCUAAAGGAUUUUGCUUGAAAUCAUUUGAUGAACGUAUAUCAAAAGAAAUGGAUAUUAAUUAUAAAAUAUCUAUUGAUCAAUAUCAAAAUCAAAUUGUUAAACAAUCUAUGUCAAAUUUAUUUAAACAAUUUCCAGAAAAUAAUUUACAAUUUUUAAUUCAAUCCGGUGCUAAAGGUUAA